AGUUUUGAGUCGGCCAUAAACAUUCUCUCUCCCUCUCUCUCUCAUCUCCCCCCUCUGACCAAAAUUCCACAGAUUCCGUCAUGUCCUCCGACGGAAACUCCACCGCCACGGCGGUUGAAAAGAUGUUCUUCUGUUACCAGUGCAACCGCACAGUCAACAUCUCAAUCUCCCCCACAUCCGAUCCCUUCUGCCCUCUCUGCUCCGGUGGCUUUCUCGAAGAAUACGACGAGCCAAACCCUAAUCCACCCCCAAAUCUCAAUCCCGGCGCAGGAGGAGGAGGUUUCUUCCCCAUGGCCGAUCCUUUCUCCACCUUACUCCCUCUCCUAUUCGGCUCCUCCUCAUCCUCCAACGUAGCCCCGAGCUUUUUCAGCCCUCAGCCACGCUCCUCCAACGCGCAGAACAACGACGACGAAGCUUUCGAUCCGGUGUCGUUUCUCCAGAACCACCUCCAGCAUCUCCGAUCCAGCGGCACGCACGUGCAGUUCGUGAUCGAGAAUCAUCCCUCCGAUCCGUCGAGCCGAGUCCCGGGGAACCUCGGGGACUACUUCUUCGGCCCUGGUCUCGAGCAGCUGAUUCAGCAGCUCGCCGAGAACGAUCCCAACCGAUACGGAACCCCUCCCGCUUCGAAAUCGGCGGUCGAGGGGUUGCCAACUGUUAAGGUGACGAAGGAUAUGAUGAGGUCUGAGAUGAACCAGUGCGCUGUUUGUAUGGAUGAGUUUGAGGACGGUGGGGAUGUUAAGCAGAUGCCUUGUAAGCAUGUGUUUCAUCAGGAUUGUUUGAUGCCGUGGCUGGAGUUGCAUAACUCUUGUCCGGUUUGUCGGUACGAGUUGCCUACGGAUGAUCCUGAGUAUGAGAGUAGGGGUCAGGUUCAAGGAGGUCAGGCUCAGGGUAGUGGGGAUGGACAGGGGUCGGUGGAGACGGGGAGGAGGUUUAGUAUACAGGUGCCUUGGCCGGUUAGGGGACAUGAUGGUGAUGGUUCCGAGCCUGGUUCUGGGUCGGGAGCACCUGGAAGUGGGAGUGGAGCUAAUCUUAAGACCAGACGGGAAGAUUUGGAUUGAGUAUCCCUUGGAGAUUGGAUGUGCACAAGUUCUCUGGGAAAAAAAAAGGUGACAUUGAGGUUUUACCAUAUUUUGUACAUUUACCAAACAAAGAAAAGUAUGUUCUUGUCUGUUCCUUUUUGGGAUUAUAUGAUACGAUUGUGAGUUAAAAGAAAAAUGGCAAUAUUUCAUUCAAGUGCUA